GUGGCAGUACCGGAUUUCAGCGGUGGCGCCAUGGAGAACUGGGGUCUCGUGCUUUAUCGCGAGACUGCGCUACUUUACGAACAGGGUGUGUCCUCAAGCGAGAACAAGUUAAUGGUCACCCUGAUCAUAGCACACGAAAUUGCACAUACAUGGUUUGGUAAUAUGGUAACAAUGAAAUGGUGGGACGACCUUUGGUUAAAUGAGGGAUUUGCCAGUCUUCUUAUGUACUUCGCCAUGGAUGCCAUUUACCCAGACUGGAACGUGUUCACGCUGUCUGUUGUCGCAAAAGAAGUGUUUCCGGUGAUGGUAAAAGACGCAAUGACGACGUCACAUCCGGUGUCAACUCCUAUCGACACUCCAGACGACAUUGCUGAAUCUUUCGACUCCAUUUCUUACAGCAAGGGCAUGGCCAUCUUAAGGAUGCUCAUGGGUUUUGUCGGAUGGGAAGAUUUCCAAAAAGGCCUUAGGCUCUACGUCAACAGAUUCAAGUUCCGGAAUGCGAAAAUGGACGAACUUUGGGACACCUUUUCUGAGGCAGUGGACUAUAGAUAUGACAUUAAGUCCACCAUGAACACGUGGACCCGUCAGAUGGGAUUUCCCGUGAUCACGAUGCAGACGGACGGGGACAGCUAUAACCUGACUCAGGAGAGAUUUCUAUACCUAGACAACAUGGCCGACAGUAACACAUCGCAGUCAAACGAGGACGAUUACAAAUGGGUGGUACCGUUUACUUAUAUCACGGAAGAUGAACCGGAAGUCCAACUGGUCUGGAUGAACAAUACUUCAGCUACAAUUCCUCGGUCCACGGACUCUUGGAUUCUGGCUAAUUAUGACUACAUGGGAUUUUACCGUGUUAAUUAUGAAGAUAACAUGUGGGGGAAACUUGCAGAUCAACUGAACAGAAACCACACCAUUUUCCCGGAGGCAAACAGAGCCGGUUUAAUUGGAGAUUCAUUCAACUUGGCGAGGGCAAAAUUACUGAACUAUGACGUUGCAUUAAAGAUGACGACAUACCUAAAGUAUGAGAGGGGUUACGCCCCUUGGGUAGCGUUUUUGGAUUCUGUGGAAUACAUCAAGAGCUCGAUAUCAAAGUCAGGGGCAUACGUCGUCCUACAGAAAUAUCUUCUUGACCUCGUGGCGCCAGUGUACGAUUCUAUAGAGAUGUCAAUGGACGGGAUUCUACCCGACAGAUUCUUACGACAAACCAUUUUGAAGCUAGCCUGUGAUGUUGGAUAUAAAAAGGCAGUAGCAUACGCCAGGAAAAUGUUUUACCUUUGGAAAGACGAGGGGAUUACGCUGCCCAGUGACUACUCGUCAGUGAUCUAUAUGGUGGGGGUGAGGGAGGGAGGGGUGGAGGAGUGGGACUACGUCUGGAACAAAUCACAGUCGACUAACGUGGCAGUAGAGAGGGAGAUGUUGAUGGAAGCACUAGGACAGUCUCAGAAACCAUGGCUACUCUGGAGGUAUGCCAACUGGAUCUUUGAUUCUUCAAGGAUUAGGAUGCAGGAUGUGCGCCUUGUUAUAAGUUAUUUGUCAAAGCGACCUCUAGGAAGGAUGAUCACUCUUCACUUACUGAUGACAAAGUGGGACAGAUUAAAUGACCAAUUUGGAUUUGACAAUUUUCUACUGAGAGAGACAAUUGCUGAAGUUACACAGUUUGUUAACUCAGAGUUUGAAUAUAAACAGUUGGCAACCUUAUUUAAAGAAAAACCUCCCAAGGUGGCGAAAAAGCAAACCCAGACUUCAUUAGCUCUUAUUAGGGCGAACAUUAACUGGAUGAAUGAAAACUAUGACAUCAUCACUGAAUGGUUACGUAAUCAUGUGGUUGGAAUGUUAUGAUAGCUUCUAAUAUAGUUGAUUUACUGUGUUAACUAACUGCUUAAA